UGUCACUUCGUUUGUGUCGUUGUUCCGAACGAAGAGCGAAUUCCUAUUAUUUUCUACAGUUUACGUUUGUGUAUUACUUUUAAUUAUCAAGCACGGUGUGAUGGCGACGGUGAUGAAGGUGGAGGUGGAAGCGGAGGUGUGCUGCGUGUGUGGCGGCGGCGGCGAGCUGUUGUCGCCGGAGGAGCACGACGCGGCGGCUCCGCCGCUCUCCGGCGCGCCGCCGCUGCGGACCAUGCUGCUGCAGAUCAACAACAACAAGGUGUUGCCAGAGGGCCGUAUCUGCGGCGGUUGCGCGCGCCGCGCCGCGGAGUCGUAUGAGUUUAGCUGCGCAUUGUCUGCGCGGGCUGCAGCCCCGCUGGGCGACAAGUUGCGCGCCUUGCGUAGGCGCUUGCACGAGCUCACACAGCGCAUUGAUGUGUUCAUUGUUGUGGGUGGAGCAGGGGCUGCUCAGGGCACAUAUAAUGAGGAAGACAUUAUUAUGGUGGAGAAGGACGCCCUAGCUGCUGCAGCGGCAGCCGAUGACGAGGAACUGGAGCGUGCAAGGAAUGCCCGAGGGGACCAUGUGUACCAGUGCUCUGUUUGCCCCUUGUCUUUCCAACGCGUGUCAGAAUACCGCACCCACAUGGCGACCCACCCGACGGAUGCCUUACACUCCUGCUGGACGUGUGGUGCCCAGUUCACCACUCCAGUGGCUCUCCGGGAGCACCAGGCCACUCAUGCACCGGCUCCACAGCAUGCACAAUGUAAUCUCUGCCACACGCAGUUGCAGUCUCAGUCGGAGCUCCGCCGGCACGAGCAGCAGUGCCCGUCGCGCUGCCCGUGCUGCGCGCUGCUGCUCGCCGACCGCGCCGCGCUCGCCGCGCACGUCAGCGCCGCGCACGGCAGAGGGGGACAGCACCACGCCUGCCCCGCCUGCUUCCUCACUCUACACACCGCCGCCGACCUGUCCGCCCACGUGCUGCGACACAGGCAGGCGAGGCAGUUCGUGUGCGGACAUGACGGCUGCAUACUCCGCUUCGGCACUAGGAGUAACCUGAUGUCCCACAUCCGCAAGUGCCACGGCGGCGGCGAGGAGCAGCAGCGGGAGCCCGACUCCACGUCGUGCGCGGAGUGCGGCCGCACGUUCGCGAGCGUGGCGGCCAUGAAGCGGCACUCGCGCGUGCACCGCAACGCGCGGGGACGGGGGGAGCAGGCGCAGGCGCAGGCGCAGGCGCAGGAGGCCUCGGACGGCACCGAGAUGCUGAUAAUGGAGACGGAGGAGCUGGAGGGCGAGGUGGAGUACCUGGAGGUGGAGACUCUGGAGGACGGUGAAGCUCUACGACUCUGACUGGCAUACUGACUACAACUACGACCGCAAGCCGCAGCUGCCGGACCGGACCUGAUUAACCAUAUAUUCCAUCAAUACCUCUUUCCAGAGUUGGGCAAAAAUUAUCUAUUUAUAAAUAACCGGGAAGAUAACUAAAUCAUCUUUUAUUAGAAAUAACUAAAUAAUCCGUCAUUUCUUAUUUUGAAUUUAUCUAGAUCAGUUUCAUUUUUAUCUAGAUAAAUUAGUUGGGAUUUUAAAUAAAAGAUGAAUGUCAGUAGUACAGUGUGACCCGACGUGGCAUUCUAUAAAUUAAUUAUUAUAAGCUUACUCCAAUAACAAACGAGGCCAGUUAUCUUCAUCUAGAUAAUUUAUCUAAAUAAAAAAGUUGUCAACGCACUAUUUGUGAUUGAAUUUAUCUUCAAAUAAAUUUAUUUGAAAUAAUUAUCUAGAUAAGAAAUUAUCUAGAUAAUGCCCAACUCUGCCUCUUUCUAGGAAAGUGGACGAGAUGCAGACAUUUGUAUGGACUUUUUUUGCUCCUACCUGACAUUCAAAUAAGUCAAAGGGGCAUUGAGCAAGAGGAAAAUAGGGACUACGAGUACGUUCAUGUUCUAUGGAAAUGCGGUCGUCCACUGUCCGCUUUAAAAUAAUAAUUGUUUAUUUCAGAUGUCUGAUUGACUUGAGUUUCGUUUCAUGGCGUAGUAGAAAAAAACGUUCAUAAGUGUUUGGUUUAUUUAUCAAUAUAAGACCAAAGUGCUAUGGGAUUGUCUCUAAAAUAUAUCCUCAAUAUACUUAGUAUACUUACCACCUUAUUCAUAAAACUUUACGGGCCUGAUUUGGUCAAAUCAAAUCAAAUUAUGUUUUAUUCCUUUCUCAUAAAUACAUAAGUCAAAAUGACAGAUAAAGACAAACGAUUCGUAGCUAAUUCAAGCCAGUAACGUGUUUAUGAAUAACGCCAUUAAUAUUUAUGUAAUCAAUUUAUUAUUUGGCUUGAAAGAUUUAGUUAGGAAACAUGUUACCGUGCAUAACAGCCGUAAUAACAGUUUUGGAUAAACCAUGAAUUUGGUAUUUGUUGCACUAAAAUACAGCAAAUACAUACCUUCAUGCCGCCCUAUACAAAAUUAUAGCUAAGGAAGUUUGAAUAAGGAAUUGAAUGUAUUUUUAAUUUGGUUGAAUUUCGCAACAACAAUUUCGUACAGUCGAAGGCAAAAAUAUCGAUCCAGACAAAUGGCUCAAAAAAUAUGUGAACACGACUUUAUUGUCUAAGGUGUAAGAGCGUACACAUAUUUUUGAAACUGGGAAUGUAUAUAUGUGAUGUUUUCAACUAAAAGGUACCACAUUGUCGCUUGUUGAUAAUGUUGAUUUCUAAUUGAAGCUAUAUGGAAAUAGCGCCUUACUGACAAGCGACAAUAAGUACCCUUUUGAUUGAAGAUGGCACAUAUAUUUAUGCUCUUGACUGUAAAAGUCAAGCUAAUUUGAAUGUCAAUACUAACGGUAUGAGAUGUCCAAUGUAAAGUGAACCCUGAAUGGCUCAACAAUUAAAGUCCGCGACUGUACACUAGGUUGUAUUGUAUGUACGAGACAAAUGAAAUGUUACUUUAUUUAUUUAAAUGAAGGUCGAGUUAAAGCAACACUCUUAGCUGUCCAUCAGUGUACCUUAUGCCUUUAGUAAUAAGGUUUACGAACUGUCAGUGAACAGUGUGGGCGACGGUACGUGGGGAGACUCACCUGCACAAUCGCUCGGACGGCUCUCUUUUGCAUGCGGAAGACGCGCUCCCAUUCGGCAGCGCGACCCCACAGCUCUGCGCCAUAUUGUAGGAGCGAGUGUACAGUGGCAAAGUAACACGACCGAACCACAUUUCUGGGCACCACUCUCGCUAGACGGCGCAGGGCAAAGCAUAGACAUAGUAUAGUAGUUAAGGACAUGAAACCGAGCGACCAGGGGUAAGAUAAAGAAAUAUUCAUGUAUUGACAGGUUCAUGUAUGGCAGCAUAAUCCUUUUUCUCUUUCACUCUUAUACAUUUCGGUAUUUCGCCAUCGCCUCCUAUCUAUGCUGCCAUAACCCGACCAUGAAAAGCAACCCGGUCGGUGAUAAGGACAAAGCAUGGCACUAUUUUCUCUUUCCUCUUAUCGCAAUAAGACUAUCUUUCUCUAUUAAAGAGUGUCAGGCUCAUGGUGGGGAGCCACGAGCCACGAGGCUACUUAAUGAGGGCUACCGCGUUUAAUUUCGCCGCUAGGGGCACUAGUGUAGAUGGAUGUCUUUCAAAAUGUUAAAUGCAUAGAAGUUUUGGGGGUUUCAAGCUUUUUUAUCGGGAAUUUUCACUCCUGAUUCAUAAUUUUGGUAAAUCUUUGUCCAUCUUUGAUUAAUCAUGAUACCAAUAGAUAUAGCUCAAUAAAUGUUAGUGGUUUAAAAAAGUGCCAAAUAAAAUAUAUGCAAAAUUAAACAGGUUAAAAAAAUAGGCCAUUUAGACGCUAAAAUACCUUUGUGUAUAUUAGAACGUAUUGAUUUUAUAAAAAUAAGGAUAGAAGAAUUUUGAGAUCUGUUUUUCUGGACCUACAUCCACAGUGGCGCCAACUGGUGACCACAGAAACGGUAGCCCUCAUUGAAUGAGUUUUCCAACAGGUUACGACCGUUAUGCGCGGGUCAGAUAGCUAAAACAUUUAUGGCUAAAGUAGUUUUAAAUAUAGGUAAAGUAAGACAUGGAAAUAAUAAACCAAGUUAU